UUCUGUUUACUACGAAAUGACCGAAGCAGGAGCCAAUUGCGAAACCCACUCUCAACUUCCUCGAUCUCCGAUCUCGGUCUCGGUCUCCGCCGGCAAUAGAACUUCCAGGCGACGGUGAUGGCGGCCUCUCCCGACCUUCUGUUUGGCCUCCGCAACAGCUUCUACUUGGGCGCCUACCAGGCCGCCAUCAGCAGCAGCGACAUACCAAACCUCACCGCCAACGACGCCCUCGAGCGCGAUGUCAUCGUCCAACGCUCCUACAUCGGCAUCGGAUCCUACAAGCUUGUCAUAAAUGAGAUCGAUUCGUCGGCACCUACUGCUCUCCAAGCCGUCAAAUUACUCGCCCUUUACCUCUCCGGAAGCAAGGAAGCUGCUAUUUCGAGCAUCCAAGAGUGGUUAAGUGAUGCUGCACUAGGAAACAAUCCUGUCCUUCGUUUGAUUGCCGGGAUCAUAUACAUGCAUGAACAAGACUACAAUGAGGCACUGAAACAUACCAAUGCUGGUGGAACCAUGGAACUCUACGCACUGAAUGUUCAAAUAUUCAUUAAGAUGCAUAGGUCAGACUAUGCAGAGAAACAACUUAAAAUGAUGCAACAAAUUGAUGAGGAUCAUACGUUGACCCAACUUGCAAAUGCGUGGUUAGAUUUGGCAGUGGGUGGUUCUAAGAUACAGGAAGCUUAUCUGAUUUUUCAAGACUUCUCUGAGAAAUACCAGAUGACUGGAAUGGUUUUAAAUGGUAAGGCUGUUUGUUGUAUUCACAUGGGUCACUUUGACGAAGCUGAGUCCUUACUGCUUGAAGCACUAAACAAGGAUGCAAAGGAUGCAGAGACUUUGGCCAACCUUGUUGUAUGCAGUCUUCACCUAGGCAAGCCUUCCACAAGAUUUCUCAACCAGUUGAAGCUGUUACAUCCGGACCAUAUGCUUGUUAAACGCCUUGCAACAGCUGAAGAUAACUUUGAUAGAGCUGUUCAAUCCAUCGCAUGAUUCUAUGUUUUGCUCUAGUGGAAUUCUACUCGAUCACUGCUCUGUUGUCGCCUUCUUUUUGUUCUUGUUUUGUGAUUGUAAUGCUCGUUCUCUACUAGUCAGAUAUCUUAAAGCGUAUCAUUAUGUCCUUGAAUAUUUUUCCCUGAUAUAUUGAACCAUUGAAUUGCCUA